UUUUUCAGACUACACAAAAGGCACUGCGAUGACCCCAUAAACAACUGCUGGUAUGCUCCCUCAAAUCAUGGAGACACAUUUGGAAUUUGCCAUGAUGAAAUAUACUUCCACGAGGACAUCAUCCCUUCACAACCUGUGACGUCAUAUGCAGUGCUUAUCCGAGGGAGCCCAAAGCAUCCUGGGACAUCCGUAGAUGGGGGCAUUGGUGAGGACAUCAGUUCACAAGCAGUUUCUAUGAAAGAUUGCGGAGACAUUAUGAUUGAACGAGCUAGUUCUCUAAUAGACGGACUCAUGAAAGCCAGAGAUUUGUAUAGAAGCACUGAAUUUACCCAAGAUGUGAUGAAAACAACAGCACUGUCGAUGCAGUGGUAUAACUAUGUCUUUUCCUGUUCUAUGCAAUUCUUCCCAGGAUCCAUUGAGCGCUACAAAGCUCCUGAAAUCCAUUCGAGACACAUUAUUGUAAUGAUACGAGGUAAUAUGUAUAAACUGGAUUUGAUUCACAACGACGACGAAGGACGAGAAGAGAUUAUCGCAAAAAGCCAGCUGAAAGUAAGUUGAUAAAAGUUGGAACUUUGCUGCACAGUAAGUUUAAAAAAUACCCACUGCCAAACGUAUAGGAGGAUAGAAUAAUUCAAGUUUAACAAUCAAGAAUAAUUACUCUUAAACUAAGCUGCCUGGGGUUUAAUAGCUAAUUGAUUUUAAAAAGCUGAACAAAAAAUGUUUACAAACUGAGUCAAUUUAGAGUAAUCUCUUCCCAUUUUUCAACUGCUUUGUAAAUUGACACCCAAUUCAGGGGGAUGAAUCCAUAUCAUUCAUAAUGAUGGUUUAUUUUAUUUUUUGACUUUGCUUUUUCAAGACGAUGAAAGAGAUAUAUUUAAAAAAAAUUGCAAUAGGGAAAACAAUAGGGAUGGAUUAGAGGUUUGGAUUCGCGCAGGUCAAUCGAAAGCGUGUUUUUAAAGAAGAAGUUUCUGUAGCAAUCAGAUAAGGCAAAAAAACAUCGAGCAAAUGUAAUUGACAAUUACUUCCUUUCUUUACGUGCGCGCUUGCUAUACUGACACACUUUUAUAUUUGCUUCCAGAAGAAACUCGAAACCAUCGUAGAAAUGGUUGCGUUAAGAGAACCAUCGACUCCAAUAGCUUUUCUCACAACCCUGAUUCCAUCUGAGAGAUGUCAAGAAGAACAGCGUCUCAAGUGCCUUAGUCAACGAAAUGUUGAUAAUCUUUCACUGCUCCGUGGCGCUCUUUUCGUUGUGGCGCUCGACCCUGAUACUUCUCCCCGAAAAGCUAACGAAGCCAUGUUCGAGCUACAUUCGGGAAACUUCGUAAACCGUUGGUAUGACAAAAGCGUGCAGCUUGUUGUGUUUGGUAAUGGUGUGGCGGGACUUGUGAAUAACUAUUUGGCUGGAAUGACCCGUACGGUAGGGACAAACUUUGUGCGAAUUGCGGUGAAAAAUGAAAUACUUCCUGGAGAAGAAACUGGAGACGGUGGGUUAAGUUGUGACAUACAUUUUACUCAAACUUGUUCUGUUCCCUUUAAGUUCAGCACUGAGAGUUUUUGCCAUAUUAGUUUCGUCUUUAAUUCAGUAUUAAGGAAUAGAUAAACGAGUUGAAAACGUUUUAUUUACGCGUGAAGGGACAAAGAGUACGUACAAGCCUCAUAGAAAACAAAGUAAGAACUCCCCGCGUUAGCAAAAGUUUAAAUACAUCAUAAUUGAUUUCAUUUUAGCGGAGCUCCCGCGUCCGUCUGUACGUCCGCCCCUUCAUUAUAACGGACGAGAAAUGUCUUACUACCUUUAAAGUCCAAGGCGUAUACAAAUUGUGUUUACCUUGAUAUUGGACAUUCAUGUUAUGAUCAAAUGAAAUAGGGUACCCGCUCACCAGUGUCACAUGACUGUACCGCGGGGCUGAGGUGUGUUACUCAUUGAGUUAGGGUUAGUUCUGCUGGACAGUUAAGGUAUUCAAGUGAUUGCACGCUCAGAAACUUUACUUUAGAAGUGUGCUAAGUGUAUAUAUUAAGGUUGGAAAUAAUUUUCGCUGAGCACGCAGGGGAUACCUGAUAAUGAAUUAAGUGGCAUAAAAGUUUUGCAAGUGACGCAUGUGUAUCUUUAGCUUGUCCUGUUGAGACUAUGGUGCGCAAAUUCAGAGAUAUUUGGGAGCCAAGGCGGCUGAAGGUUGCUAAGAUUGAAGGAAUGUUAAAGCAAGUAGUUGUUAGAGGCACAGUGUUUUUGCAAAUAAUCUUUUAGGUAUGUUGCAGUUUCAGCACAAAUUGGGUGGUAAAUUUUUAGCUUAAAUGGAAUGGUGGGAAACUGGAAGCUCCGUGACAUAAACCAAGUUUCACUCGGUUUCAGAACAUCUCGUAUUUUGGAAUGUGCUAUUCACAAUCUUUUUUCUCUUAUCAGGAGGAUAUGAGGGCUUCAAGAUCUGGCCAGAAGCAAGUCCUAUAAUCUGGGACGAUACAAAUGAAGAAUAUUUCAAACAUAAGACAGCAAAGUUCAUCAAGGAAAGUCGAACAUCAGGUCCGUUUAAACAGAUGUCUCAAGACGUAUUUAGUCCAUGGGCCAAUCGUGAUUUUGGUACCAACCCGAAGGACAAAGGAUGAUUGCUGCGAAUUGAUAGCACAUAAGGUGGAGAUUGAAAAUUUGUAUGAUAACCUUUCUGUAGGAGUAGCUUUCGGGGUAUUUUUUUCGUGUAAAAGUGCCGGAAAUGACCUUUGAGAUGCCAGCCUGGACAACUAAAUGUGCACUUAAUAUGUUCCCUAUGUUUUGUAGUUUAAUUUAUUAUGAGAGACAUGACAAGUUUUUUUGUUCCGUUUUUUAUCGCCAAAGUAUUAAUUGUUCUGAAUUUAACCAAAGUAGAGCGAGGAAAACUCAAAAGUAGCCUUCGAAUAGCAUUAUGGGUAAAAUCCAAAAUGGCAGCUACCAUGGAAGGUGAGUGGGUUCUUGAUUUGCCGGAUUAAUAGCCAUUUUACCGUGUAAAACGUAAUAAUUUCACGAAAAGUCAGCAAAAUCAUCUAGUUAAUAAAGCGCUUUAACUUUUUGAGGCAAAAGUCUUUGAAGUUUUGACUUAAUAAGCAGAAUUUAGGAAAUACUUACAGAUCUUGUAGAAUGUUCUCUUCGAUAAUCCGAUAGAAUUUGAAUGUAUAAUUUUUGCUCAUAUCGAUCAUACACAUCUUUUUAUAUCUUUAUCAAUUUUGAAAUAUAAUCUAAUUUUAGGAAUCAACCUGUUGCAGUCAACAUUAUUUGAAUUAUCGGUUAUUCGGUAAUGAAAAUUCCAUAUGAUAUGCAAUUUUUAAUGCAUACGUGCAUAUGGUUUCUUUAAACACGCUAAAAUCAUGAGUCUAAAAAGUUAAGUGAAGUAAAAAGGAUAUAAAGACUACACAUACCUGAAUGGCUUACAUGAUUACCGUGUGCCUGGAAUCAGAAAACUAGAGAGCUAACAGGUUUAUUUCCAUUUUGAAUUGACUUAGCGAUGUUAUUCUUUGUAUGUUUUUGUGGUAACUCAUUCCAAAUCGUGGCACCGCUAUGGUGAAAAAAAACUUUUGGAAGUCCAGAGUUUCGUAAAUUAUAAUAUAACGUAUCUGCUGUUAUGUCCCCGUCUCAGUUGCAGUUGCAUUGCAACUUAAGGUGAUUCCCUGGUUUUGCAUUGCGCAUCUCUUACUGCGCAUAACAAGAUGGCCGCCGUAAGAAAGAGCAUGUGAAGUAAUAUUAUUAAAAUGAAGUUGACUGAAGAGAAACGCUGUUAGAAUUUUUGCUUGCUGUUGUUUCUUGCCGAGGUGAGACUCAAUGUGUUGGGAAUGUGCAUAACGUAAGCAGUACUCGUGUUGCUGAGUUCGACCUCCUCUCGGAGAACCUCGAUAGUGGAUGUUUAACUUGUGCUUACUCACUUUGAUUUUCAUUUAAACACUUUCUUUAUCACAUUGUGUCCUAAAUGUGAUAUCUCGAAGUUAAUUUCAGUAAAAACGGAUUUUUUAAUACUUUCUCCCCCCUUUCACAUACAUUCUAUUUUGAAACUCGCCCCAGUCCGCUCUCAAAAAUCGGAGAAAAUGCGUUUGGUGCGCACUUUCUGCAGCUCUACCGCAAAAACUAGUACGGUGACCCCCAUUUUUUAUUUCACGAUUUUAAUAAGGACAUUGCUUCCUUUCGAUGAGAAAAAAAUUGGCACAAAUCUAUGAUCAGUUUUUUGGCAAUUUUACUACAUUGUACGGAUUGAGCCAUCACGGGUCGAAAAGCGCGCGUCCAAUUUAAUUCUACUUUGGAGCGUAAAGUAAAAAUAGGGGCAUUAAAAGGCAUUUUUCUGGUACGUAAGUGGAUAAACAAUACAUUAAAGUCAAAUUCUGUGUGAUGUUACAUGCAUCAUCGAAAAAAUCUCUCCUUUUUGUCUAGUUUUGCGCUGCCGGCGGUUUUUGUAAAAGGGUCCUAAAUAGCCGUAUUUGUCAGCAUUGUGACGUCAAAACGAGCACGGUGACCCCCACUUUUUAUUACUUUUUUAUCAUCUUCUUGACUUGUUACAUCAGUGUACCAAGUUUUAGCUAAAAUCUAUGUUAGGUUCUUUUACUAUGGAAUCACCUUAAACGCUGAAAAAAUAUUCGUCUGAUACAAAUAGGGUCCUCAUCUAAGAGAAGAGUUGAUGAUGCUGAGGAGUCAAAUGCCGCAGUCAAACGAUUCUGCAAGAAGAAGUGUAUCAUUCACUGCACCGACGAUAGCAGUGAUUUAGUUAAUCCUAAAGACGAGGAGUCGUGGAAAACCUUGUUACGAGCAGCACAGAUUCGAAAUCAUCAAGAAAUCGUAGAACUUUCGAAGUCUUUAAGCGAAGGAGAAGUCCCGCUCAUUUACUACCAUCGAAAGUGUCGAAGCAUUUUUACAAUGAAAAAGUUAUUAGAUAAAUUAUCCCAACAAUCAUCCAAUAGCCAGACUCAACCGGAAAAAGUGGCUAGGAGAGCCUCUAUUCGAGGAUCUUCCAAUAUUUCCACAACAUACGAGCGCGUUUGUAUUUUUUAGUGAAAAGCCAAAAUAUUUCAAGGGUACAAGGAAUCGUGAGCCUUUAGUACAAUGCCGAGAUAUGCGUGCAGAUAGCUCUAUCAGAAAGAUAGCUACACAAAAGAAUGACAGCAAGAUUCUUGCCCUUGUGUCGCGCGAAUUAGUUGCAGCAGAGGCUUGUUAUCACAGGACAUGCUACAGGAGUUACACUAGACCAGAAGCAAGCAGCAGUGUGAACCCUAAUAUGAGCAGUGAAUCUCCGGAUGAUGAAUAUGCCCGUCUAGAGUCUGAUGCUUACCAGAUGCUUUUUGACUUCAUCAGGUCAGAUGUGAUAGAAAACGAGAACGUCGUAAGGCUGUCUGAGAUGACGCAGUUACUUGUACAGUAUCUAAUGUCAUUAGAAGCUAAGGAAUGUAAGCCAUCAACAAAGAAGCAUAUCAAAAGGAACAUAGAAGCAGAAUUCAAUGAGUUGAUCAAGUUUGAAAACUUGCUAGACAACAACCGUGUAUUCCUAAUCCCUGCUAGCCUAACACCAGUGCAAAUCGCCAGAAAUGUACUAAAUAUCCUUAUGGCAGAAAAAGAAGACAAAGGCUCUACAACAAAGAUCUCAAAUAUUCAGAAAGCUGCAGCUGACAUCCGCGAUGCCAUUCGAAACGAAGAAAGCAAAAUGUCAUGGCCACCGCGCCCUUCAGAGCUCAAUGACAGCGCCAUAGAGGUCCCUGAAGAGCUAAGUGCGUUUUUGUAUACCUUGUUAACUGGCAACAAAGAUUCGUCAGAAGGAGAAUGUUGUCAAAGAGUCCAGCGGUUGAUGAAGUCGUUCGCGCAAGACCUAGUAUUUGGAGUAACCAGAGGGAGGAUUAAGCCGCCUAAACAAAUUCUUCUCUAGUAUGCUGUAAAAACUCUCACAAACAAUGUUGAGCUAGUGUCUAUACUAAACCGUUAUGGUCAUGGUAUUUCUUAUUCCCAGCUUGAGGAAAUUAACACUGCUCUUUGUAUGCAGAAAAUGGCAACAACAACAAGUGAAAUUCCUCUACCUGCCAAAAUACAACCUCAUGUUAGUACCACAUUAGCAUGGGAUAAUAUUGACCGACUCGAAGAGACUCUUUCAGGUGAAGGCACGUCACACCGUGUAAACCGCAGAGCAGUACAGGCGAGACAUUUUGGCCCCCAUCCCCUCACUGAGCAGCCACCUGGAAUCAGUAAAAGUAAGCAAAGGAGUGUUGAGCCACUUGAUGUUGUUGCGCUACCCAUUUACAAUGCAGGUGAACGUCAAGGCCCUAAGCCAAGAGCAUAUGUUGAAGUAAACGACCAGGAAGCGUUAGAAAAUGCCCGAAAAAAAACCUUUUGUGGGUUUUACUGCGCCUACAUGCACAGAUGAACCAGAAAGUUAGUGGAUGGACUGGCUAUAACAUUUUGGUGCGCAACGAAAUUGAGGCUCGUCAAGACAAUAUCGGAUACCUCCCCACCAUUGAUGCACCUGCCACUAGCAUGUCAACUGUUCAUGAGAUUUUGGUCCGCUCCCAAAAGAUAAGAAAAGCUCUUGAACUGAAGAACAUAGUACUCGUAUUUGAUCAAGCUCUGUAUGCCAAGGCAACAGAGAUAGCUUGGAAACAUCCAGACAAGUUUUCAGAUAUUGUUAUUCGGAUGGUUGUCUUCCAUACAGUGUGCACACUUCUUUCCAUAAUCGGGAAGAGAUUCCAAGACGCUGAUUUAAGGGACGUUUGCAUUGAAUCAGGGGUAAUUGCUGAAGGUUCUGUGACAGGAGUUCUUGAAGGACGUAGAUACAACCGUGCUGUCAGGUUUCAUAAACUGAUGUAUGAAGCACUCCAAAGACUUAUCUGGAAAGGAUUUCAGAUGUGGGUAGAAGUAAAGUUCCCGGAGAAGAAACCGUUUAUCCAAGAUUUCUUUGCCGGAUUAAAACCUUUAUACGACAACCUGUGCCAAAAGGAACAACAAAGGGUCUUGGAUAGUCAAAGUUUCCCAGAGUUUAUCACACUGUACGAUAUGUACCUUGACUAUCUAAGCAAUAACAACGGGAAACUAUCUAGUUUCUGGAUGUCAUACAUUGAUCUCGUUGGCAUUCUGCUGAAUAUAGUGAGAGCAUCAAGAGAAGGACAUUGAGAGCUACAUUUAUCAGCCAUUGAACAAAUGAUACCAUGGUGCUUUGCCUAUGAUAAUGUAAAUUAUGCCCGCUAUUUACCUGCAUACCUGUCUGAGAUGACCCACCUCGAAGAGACCCAUCCUGAGGCUCAUGAAUUUCUUAAGUAUGGUGGAUUCUCUGUCCAGAUCGGCGACCAAAACCCCUUUGGUAGGGUUCCAGUUGAUCAAACAUGCGAGGAGACGGUCAAUAAGGACACCCAGACAGCCGGGGGCACCAAAUGCUUCAGUCUUAAAGCAGGAGCAGUUAGCAAGUAUUAUAUAGUGUCUGAAUUUCGCAGUAUUUUUUUGAAGCAGCUGAGGGACCUGCUAAAUCUAAGCAAAUCCAAUUCUGGGCAUACUGAUCUUCAAAAAACAAGAAUUGUAAGAGACGAGGCUGACGUGAAGUCGCUGAUUGCUAUGCUAGAAAGCAACUGGAUAAACCCAUUCAGUGCUGAACAGCAGGAUCUGGUAUGCUUGUCAACCGGAAAGGUUGCCACCCAAAAGAUAGAGGAAGACUUGUUAGGCGCAAAAGCUGUUUAGUCCAUGGGCCAGGACCUCAAAUUUGAUGAUUUGGUACCAAAAAGAGGGACAAAGAGUGGCUUACAUUUUUAAAAACUAUGACUCCUCUAGUUUAUUUUAAUGUAUGAUAACCACGUCAAAUGAGUAGUUUUAUAGGGUUUAUCACGUGAUGAAAUGACGUCACUCGGCUUUCUACAAUGUCAAAUAAAUGUACAUACAUAAGUUUUUCCUUUUGUUUUUACCCAUUUUGGGGGACACGUUUAGAUGAUUGAAUGGUACCACUGUUUUUCAAGUGAUUUUCGAGGCUUUUGUAGCAAAACUAGAUGAAUUCUGGUGUUUGUUGCCAUGGUAACGUAGAAAAGUAGCCCUUUGAACUAGAGGGUCGAUAUUAACUAAAGUAAUAAAGAUGAAUUGUUUGAAAAAACUGUUAAAUGAUAGUUGUAGAUGACACGCUGGAUACUAGUUUGACUCAGGUGUUAUAACUACCUAUGAGGCUGCUAUACUAUGACAUUACCUUUUUCGCGGCCAUAUUGGAUCCGCCAUCUUUGAUUUUCAAAAAUGCCCAUUUUGUCCCCUGAAGUGCCCCAAAACGAUCAAAACUGGAAGGAACAUGCAAAAUCCUCAUAAUUCAAGCUGUGAAAGAAGCUGCUCUCAAAACUAUAAACUAAAAAUCCAUACUUGCAAACUCUUCCGGCAAAAGCAUUAAUUGUGGUUUUUCUGCGAAGCCAUACUUUUUGGACGUCCGAGGGUGACAUGCAAAACGUUAUAAUUCCUCUUACAGUGACCAUUUGUUUUUAUGUAUUUUGGGUGCACAUUUAGCAAGUCAUAUGUUUAAAUGUAGCAACGACUAGCAAUGACUGUAUCUUUCUCUGGGCAAUAAAUCAUGUCGACAGCCAAGGGAAAUAUGCUGAGAAACAGAAUCACACCACAUAUUCUAGUCCUCUUCACUCUCGUCAUCAUCAGCAUCGACGUCUACUGUGACAGCUUGUUCUUCUCGCCUGUUAUCACACUCGGAGAGCCGGCACAUGUCUGUGCACUUAAGACCAUUGCAAGGCAGCUGCAGUUCGGGAGCCUACAAGAUCUUGUGCAAGAACAAGAGAGUAGCUCUAAAACUGUUGCAGGAGCUGGCUGACCACUCAUCCAAUCAAUCCCUAACUUGUUCUCAUCCUGAAUCCAGCCAUGUCUUAAGGGACUCGGAAUUUCAGGGCAGUUCUCAAGACUUCGCCUCCAGAUCCCCGUUUGAUAGUUUGCUCGACACGCAUGUUUAUACAGGCAAUCAGCGCAAGGUGGUAGUUGGUCGGACUCGAUGUUACCUCUCUUUGAACAGAACAAUCUAUAUCUUAGCUCAUUUAUGCUGUUUGUUCCUGGGCGGGAACUGUACAUACGACAGGUGAAAUUCUGAAGCAUCUGAAAUAGAUCAUCUGAGAGUUCCCAUUCCGCUCCUAAGAGGUCAAACAUUUCCUGAAAGGAUCUCUGUUCUUUAACGAUUCGAAGUGCACCAAUCUUACCCCGCCCAGCAAAAGCACUCACGGUGUCGCAACCAGUAUAAGCGUGCAUGCCAAGGAGACUGCUGCACAAAUUUUGACCAAGGGCUUGCACUAUACUCGUGAUGCUGAUGUAUCUAACUCUUGUUUGUGUUCCACACUUAAAAAAUAUUGAUGACGGAAUUAAGUGCUUGAAUGACAUACAAAGAAUGAAGACAUCUGUAUCUUCUGAUGCCACAAUCAAUGUGCUGUAAUCUGAUCUGGCUGCAUGAGAGAGAUGAAGAAGAAUCCUUGUAUCAGCUUCUUCUUGUGUUGAGCUAAGUUCUUCAACGGUAAAGGCAGCCUCAGGUGAGAUUUGGUGACACUCCUCCUCGCAGGCUACAAAUAGGACCUUGUCUGUGAGUUUUCUUCUAUACUUGUCUUGUUUCCAUUCUUUGGUCACAAAUAUUGUUAAGGCUUUCUUAUUCUGCGGAUUCAGGAGGAACUUUCUCCUCUGCUGCACCUUAUGGUCGGGUUGGAGAUUUCUAAAUUCAUUUCCAUACUCAGCUCCUCGAUGCUCUCUUUCUGUAUUCUUAAUUGAAUUCUCUCUAUACACAUCGAAGAUAACGUCAAUUCUCUUCGAGGAUGCACCCUCAUGUAGGACCAUUCCAAACAAGGAGUCAGCAACAUCUGAAAACUUCUUAUGGUCACCUUUCAACCUUUGCACUAGUACCAUGCCAUCUUUGAUGCAUGCAGAUGGCUGAGGAAUUUCCUCCGCAGCAGGUACAUUCUUUUGGAGCUCCUUUGCUAGUGCUGCUUUGUUGGUUUUCCGUAGUGACCCAUCUACUGUGGAUAGUGCCCAAGGAAGAGGUCCCAACGGAUGACAGAGGACAUCUCUCAUGUGAAGUUGUCUGUUUUCUGCAAUUAUAACCAUUUGACCAAAAAGAGCUCUAUCAGCUUUUAGGAUGAUCUCGUUUGCUGUUUUGCUCUUGAAUUUCACCUGCUUGUUAAGAUCAGAGAAUGUCUUCAGCUUUGAUUUCUUCAGGGUCUCGUGAAAUUUGACUGGUGGAUUUGCCUCCAAGCGCUGUGCACGAAAUUCUAUGCAUGCCUUUUCCCCAACUAAUUCAGAAUAUGUGCAGGUUUCAGUUUUGAGUGCAUGUGUAAAGACCAUUGUGUAACACCAGGGGGAGCCUUUCAAGCUGGAAUGCAACUUGCGCUUGCUAAGGUCUCGGGAAGAUGUAUGAGUGUCAACGAAGUCGUUAGUAUAAGGUAAGACAAGUUUCUGUUCAUCUUUUCAAGAAGAGUGCUUAUCUCUCCCUACAACGAGAGGUUUUGUAUGAUGCCUAAUUAAAGCAUUUUCUGGUUAAAACUCAUUCCCGUAGUCUCGUUUUGUGGAUAGAUUUUUUAAAUAAUAAAGAAUUCAUCUUUUAUUCAAAAUGUAAGAUGACUGGAAAAUGAUAAUUUUAGGUGUCGUGAAGGAUGACCUUCGCAAGAGAAAAUUUGAAAAAAGGAUGGUCUGAAAUAUGCAGCGAUAUAAGCCGUUUUUCUUGACAAAUAUCCAGUUAUGUGUCAGGUGGUUAUUUACACGAGAGAGAAGCAUAAAAUAACACACAAACCCUCCUGAAAUCGCUUUCUUUAUACUCUAAGGAAUGGAUCACUUUUAAGAAAUAAUUUGUUUCUCGUGUUGCAAGGCAUUUACGCUCUUGAAUUUUAGGUAUCCUAUCUAAGGAUCACACCGGGACCAAAAUGCAUGCGAUAAGGGCAAAAAUGGUACCCUAUUUAAGGUUGGAGACCCUUAAAAACCAUUCUCUGUAUACUUUGCUCUCAUAUAUAGGAGUGGCCACCCGGGUCACUUACGAGAGUUGGUCGCAGUUUCGACUGUACUCAGUGAAUUAGGAAUGGCUAUUGCUUACUAUGUUCAACAGCGAUUUUGAAGGUUGGAACUUUUUGGGAUGACCCUAACGAUACAAUCUUUACCCCCCUUUUUCACAAAUGUAUGGUUUCGAAGCUCCGUUAUUGAGCGUAAUUUAUCUUAAGCAGCUCAUAUGUGGUUUACCUCAUUUAUGUACAAGGCAUUUCCGGUUUCAUUAUUUUUCAUGUACGAAGCAUUUCCGGUUUCCUUACGGCUUAUGUACUAGGCAUUUCCGGUUUGGUGGAAUGACAUUCAUGGACAGCAGUAUGGCGGACAUGAAAAAAUUCAUCGAAAAAGCCCGCCAAUCAGAAGGGAGCUUGCAAACCAUGACAAAACAGGAACGUGUGUUGCUUAAAUCUCUGCUGAAGAAAGCUAUUGAAAGUUACAAAGAUGAGGUCUUGCGUUACAAGAAAGGCCAAAUUAACCUCUGGCAGCUUGACGCUCUUUACAGAAACUUGGGACUGCCAAACCGCCUUCCGUUUAGGAAUACUCCACAACUACAGAUCAAGAGGAGGUUUAAGCAAGCUGUUGCAGAUUUACUCAGAUCACCGCUGCUCAACAUACUGCCACCUCAAGUUGCUGAAAACGUGACGUCUAAUCCAUGUUGGUAUCCUGAGAUCGAGGCUAUUGGAAGGCCAGGGAUCAAGUGUAUUCUGCCAGAUAGAUCAAUGGCAUUGCAUUAUAUGUUUGGGAGAAAUGCGAUAUCAAUCACAGUGAAUGCAAAUCCUAAGCACCCUUGUUAUAGACAUGAAGAGGAGUUUGUCAAAGAACUCGAACAGUCAUUGUUGUUUGUCAAAGACUUGCUUGAUGCUGAAUAA